AUGAAAGGUCUCUACUUAUUAUCGCUGAUUGCCGUUAUCACGGUAACUGCAAGUGCUGCAGAAACCACGGCCAAUCCCUGUAUCCUUGUAGAAGGAUGUCCAUCGGAGAACAGUCUUAACAAGACCAUUCAUGUUCCUUACGAGGAUAAUUGUCACAAAUUUUACAAAUGCAACGCUCGAUGUGGAUAUCUGAUGGAGUGUCCACUGAUACCAGGUACCACUGAGCGAUUGGUCUUCAAUCCAACUGCACAAGUUUGCGAUUGGCCCGGCAGCGUGCCAGACGUAAAGUGCUCUGCUUCUGAACCAUGUGUAGCACCUACACAAAUUCAGGACUGUACAUUUUUUAAACCAUGCACAGCAGGCCUUUUCGAAAAGAUGGCUCACGACACCGAUUGUCACAACUUUUAUCUGUGCACCGACGGACAAAAGAUGCCUGUAACUUGUCCGAACGACGAGAUUUUCAAUGCGGAGAAAAAACAGUGCGAGAAGGCUAAAUGUGGAUCACAGUGCUACAUAACUGAUUUCUACGCAUUAUCGUUAAUUGCCGCUGUCGCGGUAACGGCACGUGCUGCACAAGGUCUGGGCAAGUUCUGCGUCCCGGUACCAGAGUGCCCAUUGGAGAACCACAAGAACUAUACCAUUCACGUGGCUGAUCCGUCUGAUUGUCACAAAUUUUACAAAUGCGACAGUGGAUGCGGCUACUUGUUCGAUUGUCCACUCGCAGAAAUGCACCCCUCUGUACGUCUGGUCUUUAAUCCAAUAUUACAAGUCUGUGAUUGGCCUGAAAACGUGCCACCAGGAACGUGCUCUGGUACUACACCACCUUCACCAACACCAUCUUCGUCUACACCACCUUCACCAACACCAUCUUCGUCUACACCACCUUCACCAACACCAUCUUCGUCUACACCACCUUCACCAACACCAUCUUCGUCUACACCACCUUCACCAACACCAUCUUCAUCAAUACCUCCUUGGGAAAAUAGAAACUGUAAUAUACCUAAAGAAUGCCCAAAGAGAGGUAACACAUAUAUUGCUCAUGAAAGCGAUUGCCGGCGAUAUUACAGUUGUCAGAAUGGAGUGAAGAGUCGUAUAAGUAGCUCUUGUCUAAACGGUCAUAUUUUCAAUGCGAUCAUAUCAGCAUGUGACGAAAUUGCAAAUACCGAGUGCUGCGUAACCGGCUUUUAUUAG